AUGAGGCUCCUGGUAGCUAUGGCGGUGACGGCGGCGGUGCUGGGGCUCGUUCGACCCCAGUGCUUUUCGGCGCAGGACGAUUUCUCCGUCAAGGUCAACACCGACCUGUCGGGCAUCACCGACUUCGGCUUCGAGCUCUACAGGCAGCUGGCGCCCCCGCAGUCCCCCGAGAACUUCUUCUUCUCACCUUACAGCAUCUGGACGGCCUUUACCCUCGCCUACUUCGGCACUGAGGGGGAGACGGCGGCGCAGCUCCAGAGGGCCUUGAGGGUCGGCGACAAAGUCGCCACGCUCAAGCUCUGGCGAGCGCUCGAGGCCAUGUACCGAACGCGCCAGCAAAACACCACCGCUUAUACCUUUAACAUCGCUAACCGCGCCUACAUCGACAAGAGUCUGCCGAUUCGCGACUGUAUUUCUAACCUCCUUCACUCGGAGGUGGAAAGGGUUCAGUUCUUUAAAGUUGGCCUCGUUACCCAGGAAAUCAACGAUUUCGUCUCCGUGGCAACCAAAGGCAGGAUUAACAAGAUUGUCUCCGCCUCCGAUUUGGUUGACGCUACCAUGGUGCUCGUGAACGCCGCCUUCUUCAAGGGCACGUGGCAGUACCAGUUCAAGCCUUCUGACACCUUCCCAGAGCCAUUCUUUGUUACGUCUCAGAACAGCGACCUCGUCCCUAUGAUGCGUCAGACCACUUCUUUCAGAUACAAUGAAUUCUCCGAGAUCGCUGCAAAGGUCUUGGAGCUUCCUUACACCGGAGACGCCAUGUCCAUGUUUGUUUUCCUUCCCUCUGAGGAAGGGCCUCGCGGAUUCGCCAAAAUGGUCGCCCGGCUCAGCGGAAACAACCUGAGGGCGGCCACGAACAAGGGUAACCUCUCCUUCCGAACGGUCGACGUGAAGCUCCCCAAAUUCAAGAUGGAAUUCGAAAUCAGAGACGAACUUAAGCCGGCACUUCACAGCAUGGGCAUAACAGACAUCUUUAACAGUGAAAAGGUGGACUUGACCACCUUUGGUCCCCUGAGGAACGUUACCCUGGAAAAGAUGAUCCACAAGGCCUUCGUGGAGGUUAACGAAGAAGGCACCGAAGCCGCUGCAGCGACGGCCCUCAUCUUCGCCACCCGGUCCGGAGGCGCGAGGCCAGUGCCGAUCGAAUUCCACUGCAACCGCCCCUUCGUCUUCUUGAUCCGAGACAACGACACGCACACCGUCCUCUUCAUGGGAAGCUACAAGAAGCCCGCGAAGGCCAGCAUACAUGUAAUUGGUUCAAGAUCAUGGGUCCACGUGUUAGUGUCUGCCGUGCCCCUAUAUCUGUACGUUAUCUUUGGGUGUGUGGAGAGUUUACCUGUCAUUGCGCUGGAGGCUGCGUCAGCUUCUGCAGAGGGAGUGCUGAACGCGAGUGAACGAAAAGGUGAGGCUACGGUAUCUGCCAAGUGUAAUUGUUCAGUCGAAAAGGCUUGUCACUGUAUGUACGUGCGUGAGCUGCGUGAUUAUAUCAUGUUUCACAAGGACGAACUCUUGCAUCGGCUUGCUUACAGUCCACACUGUUACACGUGGCAUUACCUCUACAUACCCAGUGAAAAGCCGAAGACAAACCGGUUCUUUGCUGAUACCUGUAUAUCAGAGAUGCGCCUCACGGUCACGACGGCGGUGCUCGCGGCGGCGCUCGGCCUGGCGCGCCCUCAGUGCUUCUCGACGCGGGACGAUUUCUCUGUCAAGGUCAACACUGACAUCUCGGGGAUCAUCGACUUCGGUCUUGAGCUCUACAGGCAGCUGGCGCCCCCGCAGUCCCCCGAGAACUUCUUCUUCUCGCCCUACAGCAUCUGGGCGGCCUUCACCCUCGCCUACUUCAGCACUGGGGGGGAGACGGCGGCGCAGCUCCAGAGGGCCUUGAGGGUCGGCGACCAAGUAGCCACGCUCAGGCUCUGGCGAGAGCUCGAGGCCAUGUACGAGAGGCGACAGGCAGGCACCACCGACUACACCUUCAGCACCGCCAACCGACAGUACGUCGACAAGAAGCUGAAUGUCCGGCCCUGCAUCGCCGAGCUGCUCCGCGCCGAGUUGGAGGCGAUCGACUUCAAUGCCACGGUGUCGGCUGCGAGGACAAUCAACCGCUUCGCCUUUGAGAAGACGAACGGCAAAAUCUCUGACGUGGUGUCGACACACGAGCUGGAGGGAGCCGUGAUAGCGAUCGUCAACGCCGCCUACUUCAAGAGCACGUGGCAGAUGCAGUUCAAUCCCGAAUACACCCAGCCGAUGCCCUUCUACGCCACGCCGGAGCAGCAGCACACCGUCCCCAUGAUGGUGCUGGAUUCCAGCCUCAACUAUGGCGACUUCAGCCAGAUCGCGGCGAGGGUCGUGGAGCUGCCUUACAAGGGGAAUACAAUGUCCAUGUUCAUUUUCCUCCCCUCUGAGGAAGGGCCUCGCGGCUUCACCAAAAUGGUCUCCCGGCUCAGUGCCAAUAACCUGAAGGCAGCUACUAACGCGAAGUUACUAGACAGGCGACUCGUGGAGGUUCAGUUGCCCAAGUUCAAGCUGAACGUGAAAGUGAAGGGUCUUAUUCCAGCUCUCAUGAAUACCGGAAUCACUGACAUCUUCUCCUUCGACAAAGCCAACUUUACGACGCUCGGGCCUCUGCGCGAUGUAGCCGUGAGGACGGUCAUCCACAAGGCCUUCGUAGAGGUGAACGAGGAGGGGACGGAGGCCGCUGCUGUGACUGUGGCCGUCGUGCCCGUCAGGUCUUUCAUCCCGCGAAUCCCUUUCUACUGCAACCGUCCGUUCCUCUUCCUCAUCAGGGACAACGGCACGCGCAACAUCCUCUUCAUGGGGGCCUACAAGGAUCCUGCAACGGCUACCUGAGAGCCUUCGAGUGUAAAUAAUAGCAGCGAAGGACGGCUGGUGGCGGAUAAUAGAGAUGUUUCGAGAAUUGAGAAGGUAUCCUUAGUGUACGGAAGGAAGAGAGACGACUGGAAAUAACGGGAGUGAUUUGUGUUGCGACGAAUUUGAAUAUAAAGAAGAAAAGACAAGAUCCCACGGUAUGAAAAGACUGCCCAAUCAAGCUUCGUUUCUGGAACACCCAAGACACAUUAAUCUCAUCUCAUUUUUGGAUUGGAUUUUCAAGCCUCCCGACAAAAUUACUUGCGAAUAAAGUACAUUCUAUUGG